UUGAUGAAACAAAGAAGGAGCGGACCGUGUAAUUUUCCGACGUAACCCCAGUAUCACAAAUGAUGCGCCUGUAGCAAAUGCGAUUAAUCAUUGCAAGUCAAAUACAAAUUUCAAUCAAUAUCACAACUUAGAGACGAUGUCAACAUCUACUGGGACAGGCUGGGCACAGCUUCGCCAACAAGCUAGAUCAUUAGAAACACAAGUAAAUCACACAUACCUCCAAGACUAUAUUCCUCGAAACUAACAACUCCGCGCAGACGGAAACACUCUUCCAUACCUACUCACAAUUCGCAGCCAUUUCCAACAUUCCCCCCAAACCCUCAGAAGAUGAACGAUCCACCGAAAUGAAGCUACAGGAAAUCCUAGAAAAGGUAUAUAGUUUCUUCUCACACCAAGCUCGAGAAGUCUAAACUUACACAUGUGCGUACUAGAGAGAAACCCUAAUAUCGCAACUCUCCCGUCUCCUCGAUAGCGACUCGUCCCUUACAGCCUCCGCAACCCGUCAAAAUAAUCUUACCCGUCACCGCGAAAUCCUCCUUGACCACCGUCGCGAACUCUCGCGCAUCCGUUCCUCCAUCUCCGAAGCUCGUAAUCGCGCAAAUCUGCUCUCGAAUGUGCGUUCGGAUAUCGAUGCUUAUCAUAGUAAUAACCCUGAAGCUGCAGAAGCGGAUUACAUGUUAGGAGAAAGGAGUCGUAUUGAAAAUAGUCAUAAUAUGACGGAUAGUGUGCUGAGCCAGGCGUACGCGGUUAAUGAGAGUUUUGGGCUGCAGAGAGAAACGCUGGCGAGUAUUAAUCGGAGGAUUACAGGAGCAGCGAGCCAGGUGCCGGGGCUGAAUAGUUUGAUUGGGAGGAUUAGUGCGAAGAAGAGAAGAGAUGGAAUUAUCAUGGGAUCUUUCAUUGCGUUUUGCUUUUUGAUGUUUCUGUAUUUCAUGUAAAGAUAGGAUAGCACGGUGCAUUCACGGUAAUGUGAGAACGAGCAUGGCGUUUGGAGUGGGAUGGUCUGUGAU